AGGAACUUUUAUUUUCUUUUCCUUCUAUACGUAAUCGUUAACAGAUUGGCAAAUAUAUUAAAUCAUGGCAAGAAGAUACGAUUCCAGAACGACCAUCUUUUCACCUGAAGGUCGCUUAUACCAGGUUGAAUAUGCUAUGGAAGCUAUUUCACUCGCUGGCAUCACGAUUGGUAUCCUUGCCAAAGAUGGUGUUGUUAUUGCUGCAGAGAAGAAGGUUACUUCAAAGCUAUUAGAAAAGUCAGUGACAGCCGAGAAGAUUUACAAACUCAACGACAACAUUAUAUGUGGUGUAGCUGGUAUCACUUCAGACGCCAACAUUUUGAUCAAUUGGGUCAGAGCCAGUGCACAACGUUAUCUAUUUUCUUAUAAUGAAGAAAUUCCUGUUGAACAACUAGUUCAAGGAGUCUGUGAUUUAAAGCAAGGUUAUACACAAUACGGUGGUCUACGUCCUUUUGGUGUGAGUUUCAUAUUUGCAGGUUAUGAUGAGCAUUACGGAUUCCAGCUUUAUCAUUCAGAUCCUUCUGGUAAUUACGGUGGCUGGAAGGCCACCUGUAUUGGUAAUAAUAACGCAACCGCUCAAAGUAUCCUAAAGCAAGACUAUAAGGAUGGUAUGACAUUGGAAGAAGCGAAGGCAUUGGUGAUCAAGGCAUUGAGUAAAACUAUGGAUAGCACAACACUAACAAGCGAAAAACUCGAAUUCGCAACUAUUCGUUUAGUUGAUGGUAAAGUUAAAUACGAGCUUUAUGAGGCUGAUCAAAUUGACAAAUUAUUGGAAGAACAAAAGAACGCUGGAAACACUACAACCGCUGGACCUACAACAAUCAGUACUGUCACAUCUACUACUAUGGAGGAGUAAAUAAUUAACGUAUCAUUAAAAAAAAAAAAAAGAUAUCGAAAUAAAUAUAAACAU